UCUGGCACGCACACACUUUUCCAACACGACUUUUCCUAGGUGGUAAAAAGUGAGCGAAAAGGAUUUCCACACGCAUCGCACGCUAGCGGUCACAUAGCCUGCGAAAAAGCCGUCUAGCUGUCACUGCCCCUGCCCGACGCCGCAGCACUUUCCCCCAGCUACCGGCCAGAAGGAAAUGAGCGCGCCGAGCAACAAAAUGUCGGCCACCGAUCAGAUGCGAGCAAUGCUGGACCAGCUAAUGGGCACAACGCGCAAUGGAGACGAGCGCCAGCUGAAAUUCUCGGACACCCGGGUGUGCAAGUCGUUCCUGCUCGACUGCUGCCCGCACGACAUCCUGGCGUCCACGCGCAUGGAUCUCGGUGAGUGUCCCAAAGUGCAUGACCUGGCUUUCCGCGCAGAUUACGAGAGCGCUGCGAAGGCGCGCGACUAUUACUACGACAUCGAGGCCAUGGAGCACCUGCAGGCCUUCAUCGCGGACUGCGACCGGCGCACGGACUCCGCCAAGCAGCGGCUGAAGGAGACGCAGGAGGAGCUGACCGCCGAGGUGGCCGAGAAGGCCAACGCUGUCCAUGGGCUGGCCGAGGAGAUUGGCAAGAAGCUGGCCAAAGCGGAGGCUCUAGGCGAAGCCGGCGAGGUGGAGGACAGCAUGGAGCUGAUGAAGGAGAUCGAGGAGCUGCGCGGCAAGAAGAUCAAGGCCGAGCACGAGUACCGCACCUCGAUGCCCGCCUCGACGUACCAGCAGCAGAAGCUGCGCGUCUGCGAGGUCUGCUCCGCGUAUUUGGGCAUCCACGACAACGACAUCCGGCUGGCGGACCACUUUGGUGGUAAGUUGCAUCUCGGCUUCCUCACCAUUCGCGAGAAGCUCAUCGAGCUGGAGAAGACGGCGGCGCCGCGCAAGGCGGAGCUCAAGCGGACGGGUAAGAUGACGGACCGCGACGACGAGGGCCGCGGCCGCAAUCGCUACUUUGUAGGUGGCCGCGAACUGGACCGCCGCUCCCGCGUGCACCGUUCCCGCUCCAGGGAGCGUCAGCGUCAGCGAGACGCCGAGCGGAGCGAGAAGGGCGGCGAGCGGCCCAAGGAGGCGUCGGUGGCGGCGGCUGAUGGACCAGAGCGACCCGAAAGAGCUGCGGAACGCGGAGGACGACGUGAUGACAGGGACAACCAUGGCCGAGAUCAUCGCGAACGGGAGCGCGAUGGCAGGAGAGAUCGGGAGCGCCAUGGACGCAACGACAGAGGCCGCUUUGGCGGCGGUGGAGGAGGCGGUGGCCAUCACCGAGAUGAGAGACGCCGCUCGCGCUCGAGGGACCGCUCGCCACGCGAACGGCGCAACUUCAAUCACUUCAGAGACGGCGGCGGCGGAAAUGGCCAGCGCAGACGCUCCUACUCCCGCGAACGCUACUCCCGCCGCUAGGCUAGAAUCCCGCCUAGCGCACGUACGUAGCAUUAAUCACAUCAACUACAACUACAAUGCCACCACAAUUGAAAAACUACUGAAAACAACAACAGCAAACGAAUAUUCAUAGCCUAAUCAAUAAAGCAACGUAGAGCAAACACACAUUCGACGCUCCAAUGUGCAGAGACAACCGCCCUUGUAAAUUUUUAAUAAUUUCUAUUUUUGAUCUUGCGUUUUGACACCUCCAAAGACCGAAUAAAGCUGAGAAACGCUGUUGCUUUCCCAU